AUCCUUCCCUGCUUGGGCAAGGUUUUGGACACACCAUCCUCAUUGUCCUUGUUCAAAUGAGCAAUGUUUUUAGCCUCUCAGUGUCUGAGGGGUCCAGAUCCUGGAUGUGGGCCCUGACAGGGGAGGGCAGAGGGCAGUGGAGCCAGCACCCAGGGCAUAUCAGGAGCCUGCCUGUGUCUGUCCUCUGCAAAGCCAUGUGGCUCUACCUGGCAGUUUUCGUGGGCCUGUACUACCUUCUGCACUGGUACCGGGAGAGGCAGGUGCUGACCCACCUGAGAGAUAAGUAUGUGUUCAUCACGGGCUGUGACUCUGGCUUCGGGAAACUGCUGGCCAGACAGCUGGACGCACGAGGCUUGCGGGUGCUGGCUGCGUGUCUGACAGAGAAAGGAGCCGAGCAGCUGAGGGGCCAGACUUCAGACAGGCUGGAGACGGUGACCCUGGAUGUCACCAAAACAGAGAGCGUUGCUGCAGCCGCCCAGUGGGUGAAGGAGUGCGUGGGAGACAAAGGACUCUGGGGCCUGGUGAAUAAUGCUGGCAUCUCCUUGCCCACGGCCCCCAAUGAGUUGCUCACCAAGCAGGACUUUGUGACCAUACUGGACGUGAACUUGUUGGGGGUGAUUGAUGUGACUCUGAGCCUGCUGCCCUUAGUGAGGAAGGCCAGGGGCCGUGUGGUCAACGUCUCCAGUGUCAUGGGCCGGGUGCCACUUUUUGGUGGAGGCUACUGCAUCUCCAAGUAUGGCGUGGAAGCCUUCUCUGACUCCCUCAGGAGGGAACUCUCCUACUUUGGGGUGAAGGUGGCUAUGAUUGAACCUGGCUAUUUCAAGACUGCUGUGACCAGUAAGGAGAGAUUCUUAAAGAGCUUCCUGGAGAUUUGGGACCGGUCCAGUCCAGAGGUGAAGGAGGUCUAUGGCGAGAAGUUUGUUUCAGACUAUAAGAAAUCAGCUGAACAAAUGGAGCUGAAGUGCACACAGGAUCUGUCCUUGGUGACCAACUGCAUGGAGCAUGCGCUGAUUGCCUGCCACCCGCGCACUCGCUACUCAGCUGGCUGGGAUGCCAAGCUUCUCUACCUCCCCAUGAGCUACAUGCCCACCUUCCUGGUGGAUGCCAUUAUAUACUGGAGCUCUCCAAGGCCGGCCAAGGCUCUAUGAAGCCAAGGCUUGGAUGCAUGGUUGCAUGGAUUUGGGGUGUGCUAUGAGGGGUGAUGUAUCAUUGGGAGAGAUAUAAAGUGGAGGGAGGGAGCUGUCAGGUCAGUAGGGCACCAAUCCCACCUCCUUCAUUACCUCCUGGCCAUAAUUCUCCUGGGAGAUAAUUCUGCUCUCUGGAGAUGUUGGUAGGAAAGUUUCAAGUUACACAGCUGAGAAACAGGGACCAAAUAGUGCUCCUGGGUGCACUGUCACCGUGGGUGGCCACUCAAGGUUCCAAGCCUCUUGGGCCAUCCUUGGGCUAACAACUGGGGUGGGUGUGAGCAGGUGGAAGGAGCCUCAGCCCAUGCCGUUACCUCCUGCUUCCUUAUCAGGCUGUGUGUUAAUUCUGGGCCAGUCUACACUCUCCCACAGGGUGGAAAUGGCCUCAAGGAUGUGAGGGCACCCCUCUUCUGAAGAUCCCUGUACAUGUGGUGUUGGGACCAGAACCAUUAUGGAGCCCCAUAGGCCUCAGGAGUCAUCCCAGAAGCCGUGGCUGGGAGGUGGUGUCCUAAGUAAGGAUCUGUGCAGAGGACAAAUAAAUCAGUUUUUGAUUUGUCUUGAAA